AGUGGUUUCAACAUGGAGUGGCAUUUGGCAAUAACAUACAUUGCAAUAGUUCUUCUUUGCGAUCGUACUUUUAGCCAAGUGGGCAGUAACAGUACAGCGCUAAAUGCUAGGGCCUUUGUGAAAAAGGGAUGCGAUGGAGUAAAAACGUACAUUUGCGAUUCUUGCACAUCACGAAGACCGUGCAUUGGUACCCAAGAAAUUGAUGCUACGUUUACCUGUGCCACAGGAUUAUUCUGCAUAGAAGGCACGGCAUCUGAUCGUUGUGGACCGACACCAUCGGAGGAAUGUGUGACGACUACAGAAAGCACAUCAUUUACGUGCUCUUCAACGGGGGUUUUUCCUGAUCCCAACAAUUGCUCCAACUACCAUGUGUGUUUAUCAAUUGGCGAGUCUUCCACCGUAUACAGAUGCCCACCAGGAUACGCCUUUGACAUCGUAACUUCUUCCUGCAUUCGUCAACUAACGACAGCGAACUGUGUUACCGUGACUUGUCCUGUUGGAUCUCCUCGCUACGUUCUCUAUGGCACUAGUCGAGUUUAUUACGCCUUGUGUAACGGUGUGACUCUGCCUACUCAAGUACUACGUUGUCCAAACGGUGCCCUUUUUACGUACUUCUCAUCUAGCUCACUUUUCGGCGAGUGCGUGUACACUUGCUCAAGCCAGGGUAACUAUCCUAACAGUAAUAAUCCCAGUUCAUACUUUCAAUGCUACAUUUCAAAUGGUCGCUUAGUAUACAAUGAGCUCGAUUGUCCGACAGGCACCGUAUUCAAUCAAACUUUGCGAUACUGUACACGACAAUGAAACGUUCAUCAGC